UUGUGCAGAACACUUUUUUUUUUUUCGUUUUUCUUGGCCGGCGCCAACAGCAUUUCCUCAACCAUGAUGGACAUUGUGCUGCAUGUUGCCGACACAUACUUGUUCACGCCCUACAUAUACCCCGCCGAGUGGGCCGAGGACUGGUGGCCGCGGCAGCUGCUCAGCUUGUUCUUCCUCGUGAACAUUAGCGGCUACGCGCUGUACCUGAUCUUUGCCACUCUGAGCUACAUUUUUAUUUACGACAAGGCCCUGCUGCGUCACCCUCGCAUCCUGGAAAACCAAAUCGCCAAGGAGCUGUGGGUGGCAUGCACCUCGAUUCCAAUCAUGUCGAUUCCGACCAACCUCAUCUUCCUCGCCGAGGUCCGCGGCUACUCCAAGCUCUACGACAAUGUCGACGAGUACGGCUGGGGCUACCUCGCGUUCUCGGCCGUCUUCUUCCUCUUCUUCACCGACAUGUGCAUCUACUGGAUUCACCGCUGGCUCCACCACCCGCUGAUCUACAAGUACGUGCACAAGCCGCACCACCGCUGGCUCGUGCCGACGCCCUUUGCAUCGCACGCCUUCCACCCUGUCGACGGCUUCUUGCAGAGCAGCCCGUACCACAUGUUCAUCUUCCUCUUCCCGCUGCACAAGAUGGCCUACAUGGGCCUCUUUGUCUUUGUCAACUUUUGGACCAUCUCCAUCCACGACGGCAGCUAUGGCGUGCCCGACGUGUUCAAGCCGCUCGUGAAUGGCGCAGCCCACCACACCGACCACCACCUCUUUUUCAACUACAACUAUGGCCAGUUCUUCACCCUGUGGGAUCGCAUUGGUGGAUCCUUCCGCCACCCGUCCUCCUUUGAAGGCACCAGCCCGCUCGACGAAGUGCAUCAGCUCGACAAGAAGGCAGCAGCCGCAGCAGCAGCAGUUACAACAGCAGUUACAACAGCAGGAGACAAGCAACCUGCAGCAUCUCCUUCGGCCUCGGCAGCGGGCGGCGAGGCAACCAGUCCCUCCGCGCGUGCACGCAGCAAGAAGGUUGACUAAGGCACUGGUCUCUUUUUGAGUGUUAUGGUUUUGUUGUUGUUGUUGGUCUGUGAGGUGUAUCUGGCCGUGUUAAUGUGAGUGUGAGCAAUGCAGAGCUGUUUCGGCUCAAACUGACCCAAAAGCAGCUGCUUUUGGCGCCCAAGUUCCACUUGACUUUGCAGAAAUGACUGAUCAAUCUCGAGCGCGCCUUGAGAUCACUGGCGCGACAACGGGGAGUCGAGGAGGAUGGCUGAGCGAUUUAGCGGCGCCAACCUGACUGGUUCUUGUUGUUCUUGUUGCGUUUCAGCGGAUCCUGGUUUUGGAUCAGAUCGCGUUGUCAGUCCUUCUUCUUUUGAGCAAUAACAACAACAAAAAAUGCUCACCCCAA